UAUUCACGAUUCGCACGCUGCUUCACUGAUUGUAUUUCAAGAAUCGACGGAAAAGUGAAAUGAUCCAAACUCACCACUAGCAUUAUUGGCCAAAUCGCUACCAUGACGAAGCUCAAAAUAAGUUCUGCCUUGUUCAUCUCUCUGGUUUUCAGCAUUCGGAAAUGACGCAUGUCCUAGGUCCAAACAUACUAGCUGGCCCUUCCGAGAGGAUUGCAUUUGUCGAACUGUUCGCCAUCAUUCUGAACACGAGGUCACUAACCUUCCCUGUAAAAACGCUGCCGUCAGUGCUAUUAGGAUCUGCACCACGCAUAUGUUUAUCAGCAUGGCCUUCAGGCUUCGAACAAUAUGA